AUGCACGACAUCGAGGCCAGGGCAGGGCAGGGCAGGGCAGGACAGGCUAGGCCGUUGAACGAGGCAAUGCUACGCUGCUGCCAUGUGCUUCCAAUGCUACGGGCCACUCGCCUGCCUGCCUGCCUGUUGCUGCUGCUCGUCAUGUCAUCUAACGAGGUGCCACUCGUCUCGUCUCGUCUCAUCUCAUCUCAUCUCGUCAGUUUUGACAGCCUGCUCUUUCACCGCGCAACAUACCAUACCGAGUACAUAUACACAGUGUUUGGGCACGCAGGCUCCUCCUGCCUUUCUCAAGCUCUCGCACAGCCGAGCCCGUCGCGAUCCCAUGCCCUACCAGCCUCGUUGGGCGGCGGCUUGUUGGUCACUCAGGCACCUCAAGAGGCCCAAACAACAAAUCGCAGCUGGUCGUUGCGUAUAACGUAG